ACUUUUUCUUUUCAAACCCACACACACACGCGCACGCAAACACACGCACACACUCACACACUCGCACACACGCAGGGGCAGUAACGUUUCUUCACACGACUUCGCCUCGUUCACUGCGUUAGUCCCGGACCCACAAGGAAAGUCAUGGCCGUCUACCAGCAGCCCGGUCCUUACCAGCAACCCGGUCCUUACCAGCCCAUCAGCCCCACCCAGGUGGUGUCAGUGACCACCACCCACACCCAACGCCACGGGACAUGGAGCUCCAGCGUCUGCGAUUGCUGCGGCGACAUGGGCACCUGUUGCUAUGGGCUCUGUUGUUUCCCCUGCAUGCAGUGUGAGACGGCCAGUAUGCAUGGCUGGUGCUGCGCCAUGCCCCUCCUGGACGUCUGCUGUAUCGUGUCCUGCCUCCUGCGUUCCUCCAUCCGAGAGCGCCACGGCAUCCACGGUUCUUGCUGCGGCGACUGCUGCGACCUCACCUGGUGCUACAUGUGCGUGUGGUGCCAGAUGCACCGAGAGCUGAAGGUCAGGGGCGGCGGGCCGGCCGGCGACACCAUGGUCACCACGCAGGUCGUCAAUAUAUAGGAUGAAACCUCCGGGAAUAUGGCGCCAAGUCAUAAUAGCUGCAUGCUCCUCUUCGUAGUUGUAGUGUUCUGUUAUCAGUAUUAGUUGGAAGAUUAAGAUGCAGCCGACAGAUUCACGUUUGUUUUCAGCAGAUGUUUUAAAUCGGACCAUUGUGAGUGACCGCGUUAUAUUCUGUGUUACUGACUGAUAUCACCCCCGUCCUUCACACUCUUUGCUGUUGCAUUGUCUAACUUGUGUUAAAAGCAAAAAUACAGUUUUUCUAAUAAAUGUUUUAUACAGCUUUACAAAAGAAA